AUGCCAUCACAGAGGAAAAUUUCGGCCUUGCAAGCAUUUGAAAUUGAAACAGCGGAUGAUUCAGGAAUUGUACCUUUGGUUUUGCUACUGGGGCUUGGCCAGGCAGGAGGGCGCCGAGGUCCAGCUAUCGCGACCCUGCUGUCAGAGGCCCCGUGCAGCCGUAAGAUAGCACGGCGGCCCAGGCAUGCCCCUCGUCUGGUUGCUACCCUCAUCCUCGUCCAGGUCGGCCGUGCUGCUCCGGGACAUCGCCGGCGUCGUAUUCCUUCUCGAGCUCGUUGGGAGGAGGCUCCAGCUUGCCGUUGUCGUCAGGCUCGUAGAUCUCGUCGUUGCUCUGCUGCUUGUGUACUUCGCCGUCUCCCUGCUGCUAGCAGCGGGAUACGUGUGGCGGUGAAGCUGCGCCGUCUCCAGUCAGCUCUCGCAGCAGCCCUCCGGCCAUCCCUUGCAGCUGGCUCGGCCGGGGUGGAGCAGUCUUGUGGAUUUGGGGAAACGGUGGCCAAGCUUCACUAG